AUGGGCCAGAUGACAGGAGACCUUGGCUGGCGGCUCACCCUGUUGCUACUCUUUUUGCUCCUGGCCCGCGCUGGUGUCUGGGGAUUUCCAAGACCCCCAGGGAGACCCCCACUGAGCCUGCAGGAGCUGCAGAGGGAGUUCACUGUCAGCCUACGUCUGGCCAGGAAGCUGCUCUCUGAGGUCCAGGGCCUGGCCCAUCGCUUUGCUGAACAUCACCUGCUUGGAGUGAACCUGGACCUUCUGCCCCUGGGAGAGCAGCUCCCCAAUGUUUCCCUGACCUUCCAGGCCUGGCGCCACCUCUCUGACCCAGAACGACUCUGCUUCCUCUCCAUGAUGCUUCGCCCCUUCCAUGCCCCGCUGGGAGGGCUGGGGAACCAGAGGGGCUGGACCAGCUCAGAGAGGAUGCAGCUACGGGCCAUGAGGCUAGAUCUCCGGGAUCUGCAGCGACAUCUUCACUUCCAGGUGCUGGCUGCAGGAUUCAACUUCCCUGAGGAGGAGGAGAAUGAGGAGGGGAAGGGGCUACUCCCGGGGCCUCUGGGCAGCCCCUCACAGAUGUCAGCCCAGGCAUCUUGGCCCCAGCUCCUCUACAGCUACCAGUUGCUGCACUCCUUGGAGCUUGUCUUGUCUCGGACCAUACGGGACUUGCUGCUGCUCUCCCAGGCUGAGAACCCAGCCCAGGCCUUGGGGUUUCCGAUACCUGGCUCCCAGCCCUGACAGAGUGACCUCAUCGCCUCCCCUCAUCCUCACCCUUUGGGACUGGAGUCUCAACCAAGAGGGCAGCCUCCAGCUCACUUGCCUUAGACAAGGCAGGGUUCCACCAGCUCCAGCCCCAGCCCCUACCCAGUAACUUAAAGCCCCUCCAAUC